AUGGAAGUUCUUCCUUUGGAGAAACUGAGAAUGAGUUAUCUGACAAAUGGAUAUUUGGUCACUAAAGUUGACUGGAUUCCAGCGGACGAUAUGGUUCAUGAAGCUAACGCUAUUGUUUUCAAUACUUAUAAUGAACUUGAGAGUGAUGUAGUAAAGGCUCUAUCUAUUAAGAUCCCUUCUAUUUACGCCAUUGGCCCUUUAUCUUCGUUUUUGAAUCAAAAUCCCCAAAAGCACUUGGCUUCUUUAGGUUCCAAUCUUUGGAAAGAAGAUAUGAAAUGUCUUGAAUCUAAGGAACAAGGUUCUGUAGUUUAUGUGAAUUUUGGAAGCACUAUGCUUGUCAUUGGUGGCUCAGUUAUUUUGUCAUCCGAGUUUGUGAAUGGAACUUCGGAUAGAGGCCAAAUAGCAAGCUGGUGUCCGCAAGAGCAAGUGUUGAACCACCCUUCAGUUGGACGAUUCUUGACUCAUUGUGGAUGGAACUCCACAUUGGAAAGCAUUUGUGCCAGAGUACCAAUGUUAUGUUGGCCUUUUUUUUCUGAGCAGCCAACAUACUGCAGAUAUAUUUGUAAUAAGUUGGAGAUCGGAAUCGAAAUUGAUACAAAUGUGAAGAGAGAGGAGGUGGAGAAGCUGAUGAAUGAAUUAAUGGUGGGACAGAAAGGAAAAAAGAUGAGGCAAAAGGCCGUGGAGUUGAAGAAGAAGAAGGCAGAGAAGGACACAAGACCUGGUGAUUCUUCAUACAUGAACUUGGACAAAGUGAUUAAGGAUGUCUUGGAAAUCAUACUUCAAAAGCAUACUUCUCUGCACUACACUAUCAGCUUCUUGUUGCAUAGAUUGAUUUGA